AUGAUAGAUCCUGUAGAGGGGCGCCCUAGCGGAGAGAGCGGCGAGAAUGAGCCCUACCCCGUGGUCUUCUCGGUGGUGGCGGUGGUCGGUGGUCUCAUCGGCCUGGUCGCGGUGGUCAUCCUUUGUUCGGAGACCAAGGUCAACCCUAACGUCGUACGCCGAGGCCCGCCUGAGUGGACCAACAACCUGGUGUUGAAGAGAUCCAUGGACGUGGGUUUCACAGAUGUGUCUGAUGGUAUACACGUCGCUGGGCCCAAUCACGUGGUCAGGGAGAGGCUGGGGAUGACCACGACCGACGCUGCUAGGUGGAAUGCUGGGAUGCAUGAAGGGAAACACGUGUUUGAGAUCAUCUGGCCUAUGAAAAACAACCGUGGCGUUUCAUCGUGCGUGGGCGUGGGAUCUGAAGACGUGAAGCUCAAGAGAGAAGGGCGGGUCAGUCUUGUGGGUGACCACAGCCAGUCCUGGGGGCUGGACAUGCCUAAGCAACGUGCUCUCCACUUUGGCAAAGUCCAACAGAGGCUGUACCUGGCCGUGCCUGACAAGUACUACAUGUACAUCGACAUGGACUCUGGCACCGUAGGAUUCGGCGCUGACGUCAAAGAGUUCGCGCGCAACGCGGAGUACUUCGGCAACAUUCUAACGGGAAUUCCCAAAAAUCCCAAGAAGCCAAUGUACCUGAUGGUCAGCAUGUGCAAUCACAAGGAGUGGGUCCAGGUUUUCUACAGGGGGUCUGCAACAAAGGGCAAAGGCUUUGAUCUGGUGAGUGGUAAACCUUUCUACGAGGGUGAAAGCGAGCCGAAAGAGGAGAAGAAGAAGGAGACCCCGCCCCCGCCCGCCGCUCCCGCCGGCAACGUCAUCAACAUUAUUAACUCUAAUGCAGCACCCGCACCAGGCGCGUACCCACAAGGGUAUCCACCUGGACCAUACCCACCAGGACCAUAUCCACAAGUAGGCUACGCUCCAGGACCUUAUCCACCAGGACCUUACCCACCUUACCCACAAGGGGGGUACCCACAAGGGGGGUACCCACAAGGGCCUUACCCACCAGCCAUCACUGACGGCCACCACGAUCAGGGCCACCACGGCAAGGGCCACAAAGGCAAAGGUCACAAAGACAAGGGUCACAAAGAUCACAAAAGAAGCGGCUCCUCUUCAUCCUCUUCCUCGUCCGACUCAGACAAGGAGUUCAAGAAGGGCCUGAAGAAAGGCGGGAAAAUGCUGGAAAAAUUGUUUUAAAAACAAAGUACGCCUAAACUAUGAUAGCCGUCUUUGAGCUGAGGGCUGAUAUAAUUGAACCAAAGCCACAAACUGCUGCUUAUUUUGUGUAGUCUGUUAUCCAGUUAUUAUUAAGUCACAUGGUAAAAAAUAAUUCAAAGCAAAGAUUUUGAUUAUAAAUAGAUUUGAUUUUUUAUAGUACAAAAAAUGACACUGUGAGCACAUACGUUUUUACAUUAUUGUAAUGUAUGCCAUCUAGAUUAGAUAACGAAUUAUAUAAUGUUGACAAAAUAGUCCGGUGAACAUUCCAAUGUUUCAUUUAUACGCUUUAGCCAUUAAAGAAUUUUUAAAUUUAUUUUGCCCAUGGAAACUAAACAAAUAUUCAUCGUCUUUUUAAUAAUUGUGUUUGUUACGUAAAACUAUAAUGAAACUCAACGUCUUUUUAAAAACUAUAAUUUAUUAAAAGUAAUAAAAUGAAACAUUAUUUUAUGUGUGAACUUCAUCAUGUUUAAACAUGUAUGAAGUAAAAUGUUAAAACAAGCAAAUGAGUAGAUCAAAGCAUUGUUUGCUGUGUGGGACUGUUUGUUAUUAAACUUUUGUGAUAUUUUUUUACAAGUUUUAAGCUAGCUGGUUUAAACAUCCUGCAGUAUUUUAAAGCCACCUGUGAUAUUGUAAAAACUCAAACCUUUUACAUUUUGAAUGAUCAGCUCACAUUGUACUUUUUGUUUACAUUUUUUUCUAUAUACGAUUGCUAUCUGAUAGUUAGUAUUGUUAGUGCAUUGCUCAAAUAAACAAAUUAAAAUAAAACCCUAACUCCCAUG